UUACCUUCAGCUUCAGCUCCAGCUCCAGCUCCAGCUCCAGGCCCUACUGCACCUCCCCCCCCCGUGAACAAUACUCAACCCGGCCCGCUGCUGAACAGAUCCAACCUCGCAUUCCGCUGCCAUAUCUGUGGAGCCCGGUUCGAGAAAGAACUCGACGCACUCUACACGUUUGUCCAGCACCCACCCUGGAAGGACAGAACCCGAUUUGCCCUCUGCAGCCCGGAGACCCUCAACGAGAUAUACUUCAAAACCCCUUGGACCUGGGGUACAUUUGUUCGCUGCGGUACCCUCUUCUUCCUUAAAACCAGGCUACCUAAAGCAAGGCUACAACUAACCCAGCACAGCCCGUGAUCGAGGCACCACCUCCCCCAGCACAACCGAAUGCAAAGGCCGGUUCCAGCUCCUAGGCGUCUCCCAGCGCGGACCCUGGGACGAACCCCCCUACAUCGCCGUGCCGCGCGAUCCCAACAUCAUAAUGGUGGGCCGGCCCCUGCCCAGCAGCCGCGACGAAGACAUGUACCGCGUCAACCUCGCCACACACCCGGACCUCGACAGCAUCCAGCCCUGGCUGGGCGCCCGCACCUACCACUUCCACGAACGAUGCUGGCAGCUCGCCCUGCGCGUGCUCGGGCCCCGCAUCAAGGAGGAACCCGACCUCGGCUUGUUCCUGCUCUCGCUCCGACGCGGCGGUCGUCUCCAUCGCAUCAUCGCCGCCCGGUUCGAGGAGGCCGCGCCCCUCAUGCUCGAGUACCGCGAAUGGUUCCGCGCCGUGCGGAAACGCCAGGGCCGGUCUCUGCGCCAGCUACGCAAAUCCCCGCAGGACUACAGGAGCUAUGUUUGUUCCAUGGUGCAGCUGGUGCAUGGGCGGGCUCGGCUUCCUGACCUGCCCGCCGCUGUUGUGUACGGGGAAGACGACCCGUGGAAUAACAUCGACGUGCGCGACCUCAUCGACGAAGCGGUCCGCCGGCGGCAGCAGCAGCAGCGCGAGUCUGCUUCCAGGAGAGAAGGCGGCGGAAGAUGCAGACAGAGAAGAAGUACAAGUCCAAGUCCAACCAUGCUCGUCCGCAUGCCGAUGGACCUGCAGAUGCUGGUCGUCGACCACCUGCACGAGCCGCGAGACAUCCUCGCCCUCGGUCUCGCGUUUCGAUGGCGGCUUCCCGAGACCUACUGGCGCGCGCGGUUCCCCAAACACCUGGUCUUCGAGUACGCCGCGUUGCAUGCCGUCGAGCUGGACUGGGAGUAUCUUUGCCUGGGGGCGGAGAAGCUGAUCGCGACCCAGAAGCUGUGGCGGCGGGAAUGGGUCCUGGGUUGCUUGGAGGAGGUCCGGCUUGCUUUUGAGGAGCUUUGGGGGCAGCGGGGGCAGCACCGUGAUGGGGAUGGGGAUUAUAUUAUGUGACUGGGGAGUUGUUAGAUCUGUCGAAUUAUCGCUUGCCGGUAAGAGAUGAUGACAGUCAGCGUGGUACUUACUUCGCCUGGUCAGAGCUAGAUUUGGUCUCGAUCAG